GCCGUUUCGUCGAUUAUCCGGACGAUAUUCGUUGAAGAUUGGCACUUUCGAAUUGGUUUCGCCAUGUACUUGCCAGCAUUCAGCUCGUGGGAUGAUGCCGCCGUGGCAUCGUGGGGCAUCGUAGGCACCAUCUACGUACGUCAAGAAGAGUCGGCCCUUCGCCAAGUCCCGUCCAAGGAACAGAUCGCGCUCUUGCGGUCCCAGCGUGUCGUCAUAGGUCCAUUCACGACGUCCAUGUUGGACGAGGCUGUAACUUGGCUCGACCACGGCGCAGUGCACAUCGUGCUGCAGACUACGUUCCAGGAACUCGUCGCGGGCAUUGCGUCCGACCUGCCGCCCUCUCGCGUGUACUUGUCUGUAUCUUUGACGGACAAUGAACAGCUGGUCGCAUCGACCGCAGCCGCCCUUGGUACACUUUCUAGCGGUGUGUUUCUCUCUGGAGAAGCCAUCUCUUCAUCGUCGCUUGUGCAGUUCCGAAAGCUCCUGCCCGAGUCCUACCGCGUGUUGCUUACCGAUAGCCCCCUCGAUCUCUUGGCGACAUACCACCAUCAGCAUAUCGACCUAGUCGGGUCGCCGUCUGCGCUCGACGCCGGGCAAGCGUUUGCGCAAUGUUUGCGCAGCGACCGCCCCGAUGGACUCUUCGCCACCGUCGUGGCCGAUCUCUCCGGGGUGGCAUUGGGGUUGGUGUAUUCCAGCAUCGAGAGCGUUGUCGCCGCCGUGGCCGAACGCCGUGGCAUCUUUUACAGUCGAUCGCGGGGCGGACUGUGGCGCAAAGGAGACUCGUCUGGUCACGUCCAAGAGCUCGUUCGUUUGGACAUGGAUUGCGACAGCGACGCCAUUCGGUGCCUCGUGCUCCAGCAUGAUGCGACCUCUUCCGCUCCCGACACGGGCGCGUUCUGCCACUUGAACACGCGGACAUGCUGGGGCCAUGCCUCGGGCAUCCGCGAGUUGCAGUCCACCCUUCAAGAGCGCCUCGUUUCGGCGCCGGCGGGGUCGUAUACCAAGCGUCUCUUUGACGACCGCACGUUGUUGCGCAACAAGCUGGUCGAAGAAGCGCAGGAACUUGCGGAAGCGGAACACCCGACCCAUGUGGCCGAGGAAGCGGCGGACGUGCUGUACUUUGCAAUGGUGCGCGCCGUCGCGGCCAACGUCACGUUCCAUGACGUGGAAACCCAACUGACGAUGCGCGCGAGAAAACUGUCCCGACGACCUGGGAAUGCCAAGACGUACCGCAUUGAAGCUGCAGCUGCCAUCUUGAACGGGGAGUAACCAAACACACUAGAACACGACCUCGAUAGAUGCAGAUAGACGUCGUUUACUGGUUAUCGCGAUUCCGCAAUGCUAUUGCCUUGACCUUGCGUUUGUACUCCUCAGGGUCGUUCUUCAGAUCUUGGAACGGUUCGCGCUGCGCGGGGUCGGCCAUGUUGGGUGAAUCCAACAGGUCUUGCACCCCCUUGAGGAUUUGCUUGAUCGUGACGCUUGGUUUCCAGUCCUUGUCUUCGUUUAAAAUGCUCAAACACACCGUACCCGACGGAUACACGUUGGGAUGGUACAAGGGCGGCACGAACUUGCAAAGGGGUGGCUUGCUCGGGUAGUCUUCCGAGAACCCCAGCGUCAUUUUGUAGGUCCCGCCUUCCCAGAUCGUGCCCGCUUUGCCUGGAAUGCCGGCACUCCACGACAUGAUGUUCAAACUGCCGUCCUCAGACGCAAUAGGGCGAGCCCAGAAUCCUGCUGGAUGAUCGCGGCGCCAAUUCUUGCGCUCCUGUCGCAAUCGCUGGGCAGCCAUAGAGUCUCCCAUGUUGAUGUUGUUUCGGUCGGAAUGGAAAUGACCGCAAAACCGAG